AUGGAUUUCGCUGCCCCCAUGAUGGUAGCCGCAAGAGCGACAUCAAGUCUCAUCGCCGCUUCCCAAACCUCAUAUUCUGACCCGACGCCAUCACCGUCUGAUGGCCAUAAGCUAUUCUACCACGGCGCAUCCGCCUCUGAAUCUGGCGGUUCUGGUGGAGAGGAUCAGGGAGAAUGCCACUUAUUAGGAUCAUUCUCUCUUCUAGUUCAGUUGGCGCUUGGAGGACUGGCGUUACUUUCCUUAGUCUUCAAGCGGUGGAGAGAACGGCCGCAACGACCACUGAAGGUGUGGGCAUUUGACGGCUCGAAGCAGGUCUUUGGCUCGGCAAUGCUUCACCUUCUUAACCUCACCAUGUCCAUGUUCUCGGCCGGUCAGAUAGAGAUCAGGCCGUCGUAUAGACCGAAUCCCUGUUCGUUCUAUUUGCUAAACCUAGGAAUCGACACAACUCUCGGCAUCCCGAUCCUGAUUCUCAUUCUCCGCGUCUUAAACAUUCUCGCCUCCUACACGCCACUAGCCAAUCCGCCCGAAUCAAUCGAGUCCGGUAACUACGGCCAGCCCCCAAAGGCAUCUUGGUGGUUCAAGCAGUCUAUCAUUUACUUCAUCGGACUACUCGGCAUGAAAGUCUGUGUCUUCUUCCUGAUCCAGCUAUUCCCCUUCAUCGUCAAAAUCGGCGACUGGGCUCUACAAUGGACAGAAGGGAACACAGCCCUGCAAAUCAUCUUCGUCAUGCUCCUCUUCCCUGUAACGAUGAAUGCCAUUCAAUAUUACAUCAUCGACAUCUUCAUCAAGAAGUCGAUGUCCCAGGACGGUUAUAAUUCUGACAUCACGACCGACGAAUCAGCGAAUGAUAGCGUGGGGCGCGAGGGUUUGCUCGCAGGUAUCGAUGAGGCAUACUCAUCUGAUUCGGAUAUUGAAGAUGAGGCGCCGCGGAAGUCAUCUAUCGCCAAGUCACUCACCCAGACCACGGCCACGGCUACGGUCACGGCAACUUCGCUUCAAGAGUCUGAAGGGCGCUACUCGGAAGAUCAUACUCCUGCCCCGCCCUAUCAAUCUGAACCACCCAAUUCGAGUGGGAGCGGUGGUCAGAAUGGCCGU